UGCUGACCAGAGGCGAUCAAACCGGCCCCUCAACUGUAUAUGGACCACGAUAUCUACCAGCAUAAAAGCCGGUUGCGCCCUUCUUCUGAGCAGCAGUACUUCAAUCAGCCUUUGCUCCCAGUGCAAAGUCAAGUACCAGCAAGUAUCUUUACCACUGGCCACUGACCUAGCUUGAGCCUCAAACCCCACCACCUCCCAAACGCUGCUGCUGCUACAGUGGGUGCACUCUCCCCGCCCCCACUUCGUCACCCUCCGUCUCUCCCCAGCUCCAUUCAGCUCCCAGCUCCGAGCUCUCCACUCACUCUUCCCUCUCUCUAAUACUCCAUCGUCUGUCCCCUCGCUCUCCCAACGUCUCUCGUCCUCCGGCCUCAUACAGCGCUCUCAUUCCAUCCUGCACCACAUACACUCAGCCACACAGCCACCGCCAGACUCCCGCCACCAUGGUUGACAGACCCAACAAGCCCUCCGCUCUGGCGUCGACCCCCGCCGCCCCUCCACAGCCCACCGUCGACAUCACCCACGACCACUCCCGCGUCUCGGCCACGCUUCCCACCGGUGAGAGCGUCGAGGUUCUGCUGCACGGCGCCAAUGUCCUCAGCUGGAAGGAUGCCGCUGGCCAAGAGAAGCUGUGGCUGAGCGAGUCUGCUGCUCUUGACGGCUCUGCGCCAGUUCGCGGCGGCAUCCCCAUCGUCUUCCCCGUCUUCGGCACCGCUCCCGAUCACGAAGCGACCUCCAAGCUCCCCCAGCACGGAUUCGCUCGCAACUCCCGCUGGGAGUUCCUCGGCCGCUCCACCAGCGAGGGGUCCUCUUCUAGCGUCAAGCUCGACUUUGGCCUGUCCUCGGAGAACCUCGCCGAAGACGUCAAGGCCCUGUGGCCCUACAAGUUCAACCUCAUUUACAGCGUCUCCCUCGAUCCCGAAUCCCUCAGCACAACUCUCGUCGUCACCAACGACGGCGAUGUUCCAUUUGACUUCCAGACCCUGCUGCACUCCUACUUCAAGAUCGAUGACAUUUCUUCGACCGAUGUUUCUGGCCUUGAGGACUCUGAGUACAUUGACAAACUCGCCAACCAAGCUGUCGUGACGCAAUCUGGUGCCGUUGCUUUCUCCAGCGAGACCGAUCGCAUUUACACCCCUGCCAAGGGCCCCAAGCACCCCGUCGUCAUCUCCAGCGCUGGCAAGCCGGUCUUCCGCAUCGUCCGCGACAACCUCGACCAGGUCGUCGUAUGGAACCCCUGGGUCGACAAGGCGGCCUCCACCAAGGAUUUCACCCCCAAGGAUGGCUGGAAGCACAUGGUUUGCGUUGAGCCCGGCAGUGUCAAGGGCUGGCAGAAGCUGGAGGCUGGCGAUGCGUUCGAGGCUGCGCAGAGCAUCACGCUGGCGUGAGAAUUUGGUUCCCGGAGAACAGGGAGUAAGAUGUGAGUUUUUCGGGAUGAUGUGACGGGUCACAGGGCAAAGAGUGAACAGAACAAACAGAGUUGGAGCAACAAAUGCAGCUUGUGAGGAAGAAUGGUGAGGAAGAAGGAUGAGGAAUGAGACAAAAUGUCCCAACAAACAUAGUCAAAUGGAUGAAGUAGAGGAGAAGAAGGAAGAAUUUGACGAUUCAACG